GUAAGCUUUGAAGGGCCAAACGACCCGUUGAACCCACGCAAUUGGUCACUUACCAAACGAGUAUUCUGUACCUUCAAUGUCGGCAUGAUUGCGCUUGUGGUUGGUAUGGCGGCGUCUAUAGACUCAGCAGUUAUUGCCAGAGCAGCAAAGGAUUUUGGAGUUAGUCAAGUUGCCGAGGCACUUGCAACAGGCUUGUUUCUUGUUGGUUUUGGAUUCGGCGCUCUCAUUGCUGGCCCAAUGUCGGAAACAGUCGGUCGUAACCCCGUAUACUUUGGCUCUUUGGCGAUAUACAUGCUCUUUCUUAUGGGAGCUGGGUUAUCAAAGUCUCUAGGCGCACAGCUGGUGUGUCGAUUCUUUGCUGGAUUCUUUGGAGAGUCGCCACUAUCUACUGUUGGAGGAUCUAUUAGCGACAUGUGGGAUCCUAUGAACCGCUUAAUUGCGUUUCCGAUCUUUGCAACUGCUGGCCUAAUGGGCCCAGUGACCGGACCUAUCAUUGGCGGCUGGAUCUCUCAAUCGUUAAACGUAUCGUGGCGAUGGGUGGAAUGGGUUUCCAUCAUCGCAUCCGGAACUCUUCUCGUAUCACUGCUUCUCUUCCAACCCGAGACUUAUGAGCCAAUUCUACUGCAGUGGAAAGCCAGUCACCUCCGCCAACUAACUGGAGACAAGCGCUACGUCUCUGUUGCCGAAAUUCAACAUUUGUCCUUCAGCGCUCGCAUGUUGACGGCAGUGAAGCGACCGUUUAUUAUGACAAUCCAGGAACCCACAAUCAUGUUAUGGACCGGAUAUCUGACUGUUGUCUACCUGAUGCUGUUUGGUUUCCUCGACGGCUAUACGUUUGUUUUCCAGCAAACCUACAACCUCUCUGACGGCAUUACUGGUCUCCUCUUUUUGGGCAUCGGAGUUGGACUGAUUCUAGCCGCCCUGUGUCUCACUCCCCUUCUCUACAGGUGGGCGAAGAAGGAGAUCACCAAGCUUCAAACUGAGAAGCCUGACGGAAGUGCUCGCAUUCCGCCUGAAUUCUUCCUUUGGUAUGCCCUCAUUGGCGCACCGGCCAUCCCCAUCUCUUUUUUCUGGAUGGGCUGGACAGCAUACCCCCAUGUAAGCAUUUGGUCGCCUAUUGUGGCUUCAGUGUUUUUCGGAUUCGGCAUCCUUUCUGUUUUUGUGUCUACAUACAUGUAUCUCAUCGACAUGUACGAAGUAUACGCAGCAAGUGCUUUGACAAUGAUUACACUGGUGCGCUAUGUUGCCUCGGGUGGAAUGAUCGAAAUAUCUCUCCCGAUGUACAAGAAUCUUGGCAUCCACUGGGCUUUGACCAUGUUGGGGCUUAUCUCACUGGUAUUUACGACGGUGCCGUAUGCAUUUUACCGGUUCGGUCCCUGGAUUCGAUCAAAGAGUCGGUUUGCAAAG